ACAAAAGCAAUGUUUAGCAUCCCUUUGAAGGCAGAGGUGCUCCAUGACAAAAGUCCAGCAAUUAGGAACCAACAGUGAGCAACACGGAGGAAACAAUCAUCUUUUGCAUAACAUCAUCAAGGCUUCUCGGCUCUGUUCCACCAUCCAAGGUUGCUAGGCCCCCAUGAUGGUCCUGUGGGGACAGGACGAUCGAGGUGCUGCCAGCUCCUUGUUCGUUCUGGGACUCGUGCUGCUAUGUGUUCUAGAACAAGCGACAAACGCAGUGGCGGCUGAGGUCGUAUUUGGAUUACAGUUGAACGAUGAUGCAGCUGACUCGUAUGGAUCAAGCAUGUCUUACGAUGCCAGGACUCAUCGCCUUUAUAUCACGGGCGGUACUUACUCAGGGUAUUUCAAGACAGGGCUCAGCCAAGUAGACGAAGCGGCAAUCAAGUCAGAUUGUUUCUUUGGUGUCCUCCAACUACCUCAGCAAGUAUUUAUGUCUCCUCAGUGGAUCCGUCGAGUCCAAAUAGGAAUGCCAGAUGUUACAGAAGCUUGUUCAGCCCUCUAUGUGUCCCAAAACAAUGGCGAUGUCUACCUCCUGGGUCACUCGACACACAGCGCUAGUGUCAUGGCUCCAUUGGAGGCUCAAGACUCCAGUGACGCAACAAUCAGUGCCAGUCGGCUUCAUACACAACCCCUUUCCGCUGUGAGCCCACCGCCGAGUGCAGCAGGAAUGAUCAUGCAGCUUGCACGAGGCGCCACCCUCGUUGGAGGAUCUCUGAUGGCAGACGAUGAGGUCCAAUAUCCAAUCGCUGUUCAAGGUGAUCCAGAUGCGAAGCAUCUCUUUGUCGCCUCUAUCAAGUCACUGGAUGGAAGAACAAAUCCAAAGUUUGAACAGCUCAAGGGUCAAACCCAAGCCCUCCACCUGGACAUGUCCACGGCCGGGUAUCUGCCUCCAGAGUAUGGGUCUAACUUUACCAUAGUCGUCCAAUCUUUGAUACGAGAAAACAACCAUGGAAGAGAAAGCGACUUUGAUAGGUUCAAUGUCAAUAUACAGAAAACUUUGAAACCAAACUGGAGCCGGGAGUUUGGAUUACAUUCUCCAAGGUCUCUGCAGGUUGCCGGUCUGCUCUACUCUACGCCCGAUCUUCUGGUAGUAUCAGGAUCUACACAUAGGCCUUCAAGACGCAAGCGAGUGAAUGAUGAUCUCGGAGAGGAUUGGGACGGUUUUCUCUUGUUUUUGCAUCCUUCAACUGGUCAACAACUCAGCUCUCACCGAGUUCGGUCGAUUCCAAACGGGGACGAUCGUAUCUUGGGCAUUUGCAAGAGUGAAAGCAACCCCUUACUCAUUUAUGCUGUGGGUAUAACGGACUCUCAGAUUCACUGGUUCGGAAUGACUGAAGAUUAUGGUUCGCAGCAGACUGGAUACUCGGACACAGAAAGCUUUCAGAAGGGUGCGUACCGUGCCUUUAUUCUCAAGAUGGAUGCUUCCACCAUGGAGAUCAUGUGGGUAUCCUAUGUAGAUGCUAAAUACGACGAUGCAAGUCAGUCAUCGCAACCACCUCAGGUUCAUGGAAUGGCAUGCGCAGUCACCAGCGAUGGAGACGAUGUCUAUAUGGCAGGUACUGUGAAACAAGGGGCGAUCAUGGAUGUACAUGAUACGAAUGGUGCCCACGUAGAGGCUCAGAGUUAUGGGGGAGACGAUAUCUUCAUUGCCCAAUAUGAAACAAGUGAGGGAAAGCUAAACUUCGCCAAACAGCUGGGUACGAUGUAUGACGACAGUCUGGGUCAAGGGGAUAGUUUGGUGACAAAUACCAAUGGAGAUGCAAUAGUUCUCGGCAACACAAACGGUUCUCUCAUGCGGAACAAGGAGUCCCCUGCGACCACGGAUGUCUUUGUCCUAUCUCUGGCUCGGAAGCGGGGCCACCACCUACCAUUCUAUGAAAUGAUGAUGGAUGUUGGAAACACGAAGUCGCGGGAAGGAUUCUCGGUGUCGACCAAUCCUUACUACUUUGAACAUGAAACUGACAAUACUCCAGCAGACAUCAUGCUUUCCCCUCCAGCUGACAAUGCUUCUGAAUCUGACGGGGAGGGAUCAGGAAACGUCCCAACAAUUGAAGACGUUUCUGCUGCUGAGGAAGACGGAGCAGGAACAGGAACAGGAACAUUCACAGUUAUCAGGGAUCGGGAGCCUCAAGUUUCUUCAGCGUCGACAACCACGAUUUCUGAUCACUUCGCGCCACCACCAGAAAAAAGUCUGAUCCCGCUCGUCGUGGAGCAUAAAACCGUGCCACCCGUCACCAUUAGUAUCAAGAAGACGGUGGCUCCUACUGUGCAGAGUACUGGUGUUGCGGUGACGGUGACACGACCACCUGCUUAUCAGGCAAUCCGAGGCAGCGCGAUGACAGCAACUACAAGCUCGGAACCAAGUGCUGCGUCCCGUUUGAACGCAACGCUUGCAACGAGUGUACCAACACCCUUCGGAAGCUCGGAAGCCACUGCUCCCUCGACUCAAGCGCCUGCAUUCCACGCGUUCGCUGCUCCUCCAUCCAUGGCUCCGACUCAAGGGAAUCAAACUGACGAUGGCGUUGCCUGGAAUUCCACCAAUAGCACAGCAGAGACUGUCGCAAAUACAAGCAACAGGACAACAAUGCUUCCACUAAUGAAUGAGACGGUGCCUCCAAAGCCUCUGAAUGCAACAGCAAUGUUCCAAUCAAUGGAAAAGUUGAUUACCAGUGCAUUUCUCGGCAGUACACAAAUGCCGAUUCCAGAGCCACCAACCAAAAUGCCUGUGGCCGAGCACAAUACUACCAAUAAUUCUACCCACCAUUCAAUCCAACCCAUCCCCAAUGCGGAGGAGGAAUCACCAGCCGAAUUCAACCUGACAAUUCCAGCAAAUAGAUCAUCGCUCCCACCAAGGAAAGAUCCCGAGCAACAUUUCCACGAAGCAGAGAGCGGCGCGAUCGAAUUGAUACCUCCGGAACCUCAGGAAGAGCCUACAGAACUUCCCAUAGUGCCCGGAACGGAUGACAUCUCGUGGAACGAACAUCAGGGAUCGCAGUUGCCCGGGGAAACGGAGCCAACACAGUCUCCGGUGCACGUGCAGACAACAGAAUUCCCUGUAGAUGAUGAAACGACACAGACACCCCAAGAAAUCCAGGAAACCCAAGCCCCAACAUUCACAUAUAUGGAAGAGUUCUUCAUGCCUAGCCACCCAAGCCAACACCUCAGGACACAGGCGCCUGGAAUCUCUCCAUCUCUUGCACCAUCAGCCGCACUUUUCUCCGAGUCUGAUCCCACCGAAUCUGCUAAUGGUGAUGUGUCCGAUCGGAAGAUGCUAAUGCCGUAUGUCAUUUCUUUGAUCUUUCUCGCCAACACAGUUGCCAUCGGGUUGGUUCUGGUUUACUGCUAUCGACGAAAACGGUGGAAAGAGCGCGCAAAAAUUGUUCCUGAGUUGGAAGAUGCAUGCUGUCCCGACCUGGCACUCCAAGAGGCCAAAACGUUCGUGCGUGAGAAUAGUGACUCGGAAGACGUGACAAACACUAAUAAAGACGACAACAGUUGCAAUUCGGAGGAAGAAGUUGUCGUUGUGGAGGAAGAAAACGAUCAGCCAAAUACCACAAUAGAGCAUUCAAGAACCCAUGAUUCAAUAGACGGGCAAGUGCUCAUGGAGAUGCGACCACCAAGGCCACCCGCGCUUUCGAGUCUUCAAGAAUUUCCGAGCCGGCCAUUGCAUCCAUCCCCUCUUUAUCCAGUCGUCGACGACGAUAGUGGCUCGACAUCAUCGCUAACUCACCCGCUACGACCUUUCGAUGACGAAUCGAGCCGCAGUUCGCGGUCGCGGCCUUCGCUGGGAAACAUGUUCCCGUGGGAUGCCAUUGGCAAGGGGCACGACUUUUGCCGUGCCAAGUUAUGGGAUGCUGGCGAAUCGCCACCGUUUUUCUCGUUGUCUCGUUCCUUUUCGAGCGUGGUCGAUAUCAGCGAAGACUCCGUGUCAGUCGACAAGUACGCCAAGGAAGAACAAUACGACGAUGAAGAACUGGACAAGUACGCCAAGGAAAGCCCUGCGUGAUUGCGUUGUGCGUUCUUCGGACAAUCUGGUUACAUUUGAUCUGCUUGACGAUGAUGUCAUCUCGGGGCCAAACAACAACGGUCAGGAAUCAACAACUAUCUGGGUAGAGGGCUUGACUUUAGCUAUAGCUAUUGCUAUAAAAUGUAUUAUAAAGGGAAGGGCAACUGACUUAGCUAGUCUCGGCAUGUUCGACUGAGU